GAAAAAAAAAAAAAAAAAAAAAAAAAAAAAAAAAAAAAAAAAAAAAAAUGGCGCCUUGAACUCAUCGUUAUAAAUACAAGAUAUCUUUGCUAGUUUGUCAGUUGGCAAACGGUGCGUUUGGGACUGUGGAGUUGAGGUGGUCUUGGUUAAACCGAGAUCAGAUCAGUGAUGGCCGGCUGCUUCGUCCUUUUAUUGGUUCUCUUUCUUUCAGAUUCAGUUGUCCGAAUACAAAGCGUUGGCGUUGGAAUUAACUAUGGCCAGAUCGCCAAUAAUCUCCCGUCUCCCUCUCGAGUUGCGUUGCUCCUCCAAUCACUGAACAUUACAAGGGUAAAACUCUACGAUGCAGAUCCUAAUGUCCUACUUGCUUUUUCCAAUUCAAAUGUAGAUUUCAUCAUUGGUCUUGGAAAUGAGUAUAUUCAAAACAUGACGGACCCAGUUAAAGCUCAAAAUUGGAUUCAACAGCACCUUCAGCCCCACCUCCCUCAAACUAAAAUUACUUGCAUUACUGUAGGAAAUGAGGUCUUCAAUAGCAAUGAUACUCAGUUAAUGUCUUAUCUUCUCCCUGCAAUGCAAACUGUUUAUCAUGCUCUUGUUAAUCUUGGAUUAGAUAAGCAAGUCACUGUCACAACUGCGCAUUCUCUUAAUAUCUUAGCCAACUCUUACCCUCCUUCAUCUGGGACUUUUAGACCAGAUUUUGCUGAAUAUAUCCACCCUAUAUUGAACUUUCAUUCUCAAAUAAAUUCACCAUUCCUUAUCAAUGCGUAUCCAUAUUUCGCGUAUAAGUAUAACCCAAAUGAGGUUCCUUUAAACUAUGUACUUUUCCAGCCUAACCAAGGGAUGACAGAUCCAAAUACAAAUUUGAAUUAUGAUAACAUGUUGUAUGCUCAAAUUGACGCUGUCUAUUCAGCCAUUAAAGCAAUGGGGCAUACAGAUAUUCAAGUGAGGAUUUCAGAGACAGGUUGGCCAUCUAAGGGAGAUGCAGAUGAAGUAGGAGCAACACCAGAAAAUGCUGGCUUAUACAAUGGUAAUCUUUUGCAGAGAAUACAAGAGAAGCAAGGCACACCAGCAAACCCAUCAGUACCGAUUGAUGUGUAUGUUUUUGCACUUUUUAAUGAGGAUUUAAAACCUGGUCCAACAUCAGAAAGGAAUUAUGGGCUCUUCUACCCUGAUGGUACUCCAGUUUAUAACAUUGGAUUACAAGGCUAUCUUCCUGUGUUAACUUAUUCUUCAGGAUCAAAUAUAAAUGUUUUGUCUGUAUUCUGUCUGGCGAUCUACGUUAUAGCACACUUUCUUUAUGCUUAGAAGCUUCAGAAUUCAUGAUGUAGGGAGGGAGAGAUUUUGAACACACACAAAUUCUUUGAGAUGAUAUAACUGCAAGAGUAGUAUUUUUUUAGGUGAGAUUCAAAUUCCUUUUACAAUUUGGAGCAAGAUCCAUUCUGAAUUACACAUCCAACUCUUGGACCUCACUAAAUGUGGCCUAUUAUUUUUUAAAUAUCAAUUUUCCACGAAAUCAUCACUGCAUAUACCUAUGUGAAGAGAAGAAAAGGCCCUCUUUUUUCCCUUAUUUUUUGGAUCUAACUUAUGGGAGCUGACUUUAGAUACUAUUGAAUAUAUGUAUUUUAGACAUCUUUAGAAUAAUCUCCAAAUCAUACAGUUGAUGUUUUCACAACAUUUUUAAACCAUCCAGUUUCUUUAUGCUAGCUUGAAUCAACUGUAAUGUUGCCUAGUCAAUGCAUGCACCAAGUGGAUGCUUUGAUGUGUACUGGUUUUUGUAUUAAGUCCAAUUUUUUGGACACAGUUCAUUUUUUUUUUUUUUUCAAUUCUUUAAUGGAAAGAUAUGGUAAUGGAUCUCCAUCUUCCUUA